AUGUACCGCCAGAGCGUCUCUGGGAUGCGGCGUAUGAGAGAGAGCUGCGAGCUUUUCAGGAGACGGGAGACGCUGGAGAAAUUGACCUGGGGAACAAAAAACCUGCUAGCACAUCAAUUAAGAUUCUCUGCUUCUAUCUAGGCAAGAAAUGGCUUCACUAACCUCACUGGGAUUGAUUACUCACCUUCUGCAAUACAACUUUCAGAGAAAGUAAGGGAGAAAGAAGGGAUGUCUAACAUUAAAUUACUGGUAGAAGACUUCCUGGUUCCAUCAGCUGAGCUGUCGGGAUUUCAGAUCUGUAUUGACAAGGGAACUUUUGAUGCUGUGAGCCUUAAUCCUGACGAUGCGGUUGGAAAGAGGAAGCAGUAUGUGAGAUCUCUCUGCAGUGCAUUGAAGCCAGAGGGCUUUUUCCUCAUAACAUCUUGCAACUGGACCAAGGAGGAGCUGCUGAAUGAGUUCAGAGAAGGAUUUGAAAUUGUGGAGGAGCUGCCAACACCCAAGUUUUGCUUUGGAGGAAGAAUUGGAAACAGCGUAACAGCAUUGGUUUUCCAAAGGAAAAAAAGGGAGAGCGUCCAUCUUGGAUAAAUUAGAUUAGCUGAGAAAGGUCUGAACUUUAAAGUAAGCCUGACAGCAAACCUCAGACACGUGUGUAAAUAAAUGUUAUUUGAGUACACAGUUAAAUGCUAUGUAUGGAACUCUAAGGGGCUAUAAAACAUUGCCCUAGAAACAUAACAGCUUUGCAUAACUUGCCUGUAAAGUUUGUCCUUGCUACAACCUCACGUCUUUCAGGGAAGCUGCAAGUUGGAGAGAGACAAAUAAGUCAUUUUAAGUAUUGACUGAGAUAGCUGAAUGAUGUUUGCGUUUGGAAUAUAAAGAUUAUCUGGUGUUUCAUUUCUGGAUUGGUAAUCAGUGACCAAUAGAAGCAAAGGUGUUCUACAAAGCAAGUCUCAUUUCUCUGUUGCGGUGUAAUUGGAAACAAGCUGUUGAGAUGUAGGUGUUGGACCUUUUAUUUUUGCCAUAGGUAAAUGUGAAUAUAACUGUUAAGGAGGAGAAUGAAUAUAAAAGCUGAAAGGCUUGCAAAAAAAAGACCAGUCAGUGCUGUAAGUUCAGAAGUUCUGGGUCUAAGUGUAGUUCUGCCUCCAUUGAAAUUACUUGACUCUUUCCUGACUAUUGAGUGCUUUUACAUAUCUCACCUGUGGGAAUGUGGACUUGCUUCAUAACUGGCUUCCACUGAUCCCAUAAUUAUAUAAAGGUGUGACAUUAUAAUCUCACUAGCAUGUGACAUAUGCCUCUUUCAUUACUAAUUUGCUAUAUAAUGAUGGCCAACAAAGACUGUAUGUCUUCCAGUGAAUUUCUCAGGAUAGAUUUUAGUUGCGUAAUGAAGAGGAGUUGACCUAUAAAUCCACACUCUGUGAGAUAAAUGGGAUUUAGGGCAAGUUUGAGGCAGAGUUUUUGAGCCUGGCAGCUUCUCAGGACUACACUGAAGUUUACUAGUCAAAUGCUCAAGGAAUGAAAAGAGUGAGCCUGCAGAUAGGUGGUGCUAUGGGAAGGAAGGACGAGGGACAGACAAAACAGAGUGGCACCAACAAGUGAAAGAGUUUUGAUUCCUACAUUGGUAGCGGCCUCUCUUCAGUCUCAAGCACACAAGGUAUCACUUGGGUCUAAUGAGUUCUGCAUCUGAUCUGUUGCUGGCAAUAUUCUUAGGCCCAUGCACUUUGAACUAUCGCUGGAGAGUAGAAGAAUGCUUGUAAAACAUGCUGAGGAGGGCGUUUUGAAGGCAGUAAUAAUCAAAGGCCUGCUGUUAGAAAUCUGCUGUUAGAAACCUGACCCUUAUGAAUGAUGGAGGCUGUAAUAGUGACUUGAAUAAUGAUAUUUUUUUUUACUGACUGGUAAGAUUUGGAAACGGUGUCAAAGAAUGGCCUUGAUUUGGGGCAGUUCACCUUGCGAGAUGAUGUUUCAUGAAGGUAUAAACUCAGGAUGUCUGAGCUUCUCAGUGAGAAGCCUCUUAAAAGAGGCAGAGAAAUAAACAGUGAGUUAGGAGCAGUGAGGCUUUGUGCUUUGGAGAGCUUUGUGGUAGUUCAUAAAGGUGGGUAUCUGCAUGAAUACACAGUUGUGUGACUUUUAGUGUCAGCUGCAAAGCUAAACUACAGGAGAGUAAAAGCAGCAUUUGAAAUG